AUGCAGAAUAGCAAUUUGGCUGGAGAGUCGACGGUUUCCAAGUGGCAUUACAACAAGUUCCUCUACAGAGAUAUUAGGCCAUGUGGCGAUGUUGUGGGUCGGACGCACCCCAUUUUGAUCCUCAGGAGAAGAAUCUGGGCGAAUUGGUUUAGAGGUUUGUUCAAAGAGGACUCGGAGGACUACUACUACUCCAGCGGGCUACUCCCGAGCUUGGAGCUAGCGAACUACUUGAAAUCGUCAACCACGGUUGAGUUUGAGGAGUCCAAAUGCCGGUAUAAGAGUUGUAUUCUCAAAUUGCGCUCGCCAAAUAAUAAGUUCUUUGAUAAGGCUCGCAUCAACAUCAUUUGGAAGGACUCGGUCUCGAUAAAGAUGGCAUUGUUUAGGCUCAUUGAGGAUUUGAAUAACAGGUGUGAAUGGUACUCGUCGUCGGCCUGUUCCUCUUCUUCGCACGAAUCGUUCAAGGAUGAACAUUUCUGCACUGGGCUACCACUAGGCGAGUUCGACUUGAGAUUGGUGUCCAACGUCAAGAUACCGCACAGGCACUGGCCCUCCAUCCUUCAAAAGAUGAUGGAUAUCCCAUUGGACCACUCAACAAGAAAACUCUUGACGAUAACGGUUCCCAAUGCCGUGUCAAACACAGAUCAGAGUCAGUACAUUCUUGUCUUGAAGAGCACGUCUUCAAAGACCAGGAAAUACAUCAAAUCCGUGAUUUCUAAAGCUGUUAAGGGCGACUGGAAGUUCACUGAAAAGGCCAAUGCACAAGCACAGGCCAAUUGA